AUGGCUAGUAUUGGUGGUCGUGCUUUAUCUUUGUUACGUUUACGAGGUGGCAUUUAUGUGCCUCGUUUCCAUGCUGGUACAAGUUCACCACCGGCGCACGCUGGCGUAACCACACCAGAUGGAGGAACACAUACGAUGAACGUGAAUACCACAUCAAAACAACAAACUUUAACAACAUCAGGAGCAAUAGGAGCUAGAACAACUGGCGGUAGUCCUCCAAGUGAUAUGCUAUUGAAUUUAAAAGCUAGUGAGAAAUCAAAUUCAACAAGACCAACAGAACAGUUCGGCAGAUAUGGAACAUCGUUCGAUCGUUUCAAAGAGCGAAACAGUGGUUCAAAACCAAAGAGUCACAAAACUAUUGAGAACUCAAUCAGUUAUUCAAUGCCGAUGAAAUUACUCCUAACUGGAAUUGUAGUUACGGCAAUAAUUUUGGCAUAUAAACGAUUUAUACUUGAUGAUCCAAAAGUACAAGAGAAGCUUGAUUAUGCCAAACAUAAAGUCAAUCAAGAAGCACAUUAG